GUCACUCCACUCCGGUCCCACAGUCACUACCUUCCGGUCCCACAGUCACUCCGUUCCGAUCCCACAGUCACUCCGCUCCGGUCCCACAGUCACUCCGUUCCGGUCCCACAGUCACUCCGUUCCAGUCUCACAGUCACUCCGCUCCGGUCUCUCAGUCACUCCACUCCAGUCCCACAGUCACUCCGUUCCGGUCACACAGUCACUCCGUUCCGUCCCACAGUCACUCCACUCCGGUCCCACAGUCACUCCGUUCCGGUCACACAGUCACUCCGUUCCGUCCCACAGUCACUCCAUUCUAGUCCCACAGUCACUCUGCUCCGGUCCCACAGUCGCUCCAGUCCCACAGUCACUCCGUUCCGGUCCCAGUCACUCCGUCCCGGUCCCACAGUCACUCCGCCCCGGUCUCAGUCACUCCACCCCGGUCCCACAGUCACUCCGCCCCGGUCCCAGUCACUCCGCCCCGGUCCCAGUCACUCCAACCCGGUCCCACAGUCACUCCGCUCCGGUCCCACAGUCACUCCGCCCCGGUCCCAGUCACUCCACCCCGAUCCCACAGUCACUCCGUUCCGGUCCCACAGUCAUGCCGCCCCGGUCCCAGUCACUCCGCCCCGGUCCCACAGUCACUCCGCCCCGGUCCCAGUCACUCCGCCCCGGUCCCACAGUCACUCUGUCCCGGUCCCACAGUCACUCCGCCCGGGUCCCAGUCACUCCACCCCGAUCCCACAGUCACUCCGUUCCGGUCCCACAGUCACUCCGCCCCGGUCCCAGUCACUCCGCCCCGGUCCCACAGUCACUCCGUUCUGGUCCCACAGUCACUCCACCCCGGUCCCAGUCACUCCACCCCGGUCCCACAGUCACUCCGCCCCGGUCCCACAGUCACUCUGCCCCAGUCCCAGUCACUCCGCCCCGGUCCCAGUCACUCCACCCCGAUCCCACAGUCACCCCGGUCCCAGUCACUCCACCCCGGUCCCACAGUCACUCCGCCCCGGUCCCACAGUCACUCUGCCCCAGUCCCAGUCACUCCGCCCCGGUCCCAGUCACUCCACCCCGAUCCCACAGUCACUCCGUUCCGGUCCCACAGUCACUCUGCCCCAGUCCCACAGUCACUCCGUUCCGGUCCCACAGACACUCCGUUCCGGUCUCACAGUCACUCCGUUCCGGUCCCACUGUCACUCCGUUCCGGUCCCACAGUCACUCCGUUCCGGUCUCACAGUCACUCCGUUCCGGUCCCACAAUCACUCCGCCGCGGUCCCACAGUCACUCCGUUCCGGUCUCACAGUCACUCCGUUCCGGUCCCACAAUCACUCCGCCGCGGUCCCACAGUCACUCCGUUUCGGUCCCACAGUCACUCCGCUCCGGUCCCACAGUCACUCCGUUCCGGUCCCACAGUCACUCCGUUCCGUUCUCACAGUCACUCCGUUCCAGUCCCACAGUCACUCCGUUCCGAUCCCACAGUCACUCCACUCCGGUCCCACAGUCACUCCGUUCCAGUCCCACAGUCACUCCGUUCCGAUCCCACAGUCACUCCACUCCGGUCCCACAGUCACUCCGUUCCGGUCCCACAGUCACUCCGUUCCAGUCUCAUAG